GGCUGGUUGUAGCUCCUCGCGCGUGUUUACAUCCGGCCCGGCAGUGUCGCAGCCCGAGGUCGCUGUGCUCCGGUCCGGGUGGCCGUGCCAUGGACACUAGCGACCUGUUCGCCAGCUGCAGGAAAGGGGAUGUGGGCCGCGUGCGGUACCUGCUGGAGCAGCGUGACGUGGAGGUGAACGUGCGGGACAAGUGGGACAGCACCCCACUGUAUUAUGCCUGCCUGUGUGGGCAUGAGGAGCUGGUGCUCUACCUCCUGGCCAAUGGAGCCCGCUGCGAGGCCAACACCUUCGACGGUGAGCGCUGCCUGUAUGGGGCGCUGAGUGAUGCCAUUCGUCGGGCACUACGCGACUACAGGCAGGUCACAGCUGCCUGCAGGCGACAUGACUACUACAACGACUUCCUGCAGCGGCUCCUGGAGCAGGGCAUCCACAGCGACGUGGUCUUCGUGGUGCAUGGAAAGCGGUUCCGGGUGCACCGGUGCAUCCUGGGUGCCCGCAGUGCCUACUUCGCCAACAUGCUUGACACCAAGUGGAAGGGCAAGAGCGUGGUAGUCCUCAGGCACCCCCUGAUCAAUCCGGUGGCCUUUGGGGCCCUGCUGCAGUACCUGUACACAGGCCACCUGGACAUUGGCGUGGAGCAUGUCAGCGACUGUGAGCGCCUGGCAAAGCAGUGCCAGCUGUGGGACCUGCUUAGUGACCUGGAAGCCAAGUGUGAGAAGGUGUCUGAGUUUGUGGCGUCCAAGCCAGGCACAUGUGUGAAGGUGUUGACCAUCGAGCCCCCAGCCACUGACCCCCGGCUGCGGGAGGACAUGGCGCUGUUGGCUGACUGUGCCCUGCCGCCUGAGCUUCGUGGUGAUCUUGGGGAGCUGCCCUUCCCUUGCCCCGACAGCUUCAACAGCUGCCCAGACAUCUGCUUCCGUGUAGCUGGCUGCAGCUUCCUCUGCCACAAGGCCUUCUUCUGCGGCCGCAGCGACUACUUCCGGGCCCUUCUGGAUGAUCACUUCAGAGAGAAUGAGGAGGCUGAGGCCUCAGGGGACCCCCCCGUUGUCACCCUGCAUGGCAUCUCACCUGAGGUCUUCACCCAUGUGCUCUACUACGUAUAUAGUGACCACACUGAGCUGUCCCCCGAGGCGGCCUAUGAUGUACUGAGUGUGGCCGACAUGUACCUGCUGCCUGGCCUGAAGCGGCUGUGUGGCCGCAGCCUGGCACAGCUCUUGGAUGAGGACAGUGUGGUAGGGGUGUGGCGCGUAGCCAAGCUGUUCCACCUGGCGCGACUGGAGGACCAGUGCACUGAGUACAUGGCCAAGGUCAUUGAGAAGCUGGUGGAGCGCGAGGACUUUGCGGAGGCUGUGAGGGAGGAGGCAGCAGCUGUGGCAGCCCGGCAGGAGACGGAUUCCAUUCCACUGGUGGACGACAUCCGCUUCCAUGUGGCCAGCACUGUGCAGACCUACAGCGCCAUAGAGGAGGCGCAGCAGCGGCUACGGGCCCUGGAGGACCUGCUUGUGUCCAUCGGCCUGGACUGCUGAGCACCUGGGACAUGCGUGCAUGUGCACCUGUAUGUGCCACAGCUCUUCCUGCCCCUUGCAUGUCUCAGAUUGAAGCGGUCUCUGCCCCAUGUGCGCC